AUGGGAGGUAAUACGGAGGCAUCGACCCCCGACCUAUCCGGGAAGGUCGCUAUAGUGACUGGUGGACACACGGGUCUAGGAUUUGGUACAAGCAUUGAGUUGGCUAAGCACGGCGCCCGUGUAUAUAUCGCUAGUCGGUUGGCUUCAAAAGCCGAGGAAGCUAAAAAUACCAUCCUGGAGGAGUUCCCCGCUGCCGAUGUCCAUUUUCUUCCUCUUGAUCUUGCGGACUUGGGCAGUAUCCGACAGGCAGCCGAUAAGUUCUCCCAACACGAAUCGGUCCUUCAUAUACUGGUGAAUAAUGCCGGCGUGAUGUGUGUACCCUACGAAGAAACUAAAGACGGAUUUGAAAUGCAGUUUGCUGUGAAUUAUCUUGGGCAUUUUCUACUCACAAAGCUACUACUUCCGAUCCUUCUGGAAACGAUCGAGUCUGUGCCUGAAGGUACAGUCCGAAUUGUGAACUUAUCCAGUGAUGGACAUGAAAAGCUCGCACCAAAACAUGGUAUCAACUUUUCUGACAUGAACUUGAGAAACGGCUUCUCAGUUUGGGCUCGGUAUGGCCACUCGAAGCUUGCCAAUGUGUUGCAUUCCAAAGAAUUGGCAAAAAGAUAUGCCAAGAUCAUGUCUCUUUCUCUGCAUCCAGGAACCGUCAGAACGGGCUUGUCGCAGGGUCCACUGUCAUCAACACCGAUGUAUCGCUUUAUCAAACCCCUUGUGGAGCUGGGUGCUCCAGGUCCGCGUAAAGGAGCAAAGGCCAUUGUUUAUGCCGCGAUAUCUACAUCUUUUAAUAUAAACCGCGAUAACGGAGCGUAUAUUUUGCCGGUUGGUAAAGUUUCAGUGGCUAGCAAAGCUGCAAGAGAUCCAAGCAUGGCACAAGAUCUCUGGAAUUGGUCCGAGAGGAAGAUAAAUAGCCUUGGCUAUUGA